ACGCACGUAACGCUGGAGAGGAAAAUGUCUGAACAGAGGCGUGAUUGUUCCGCUCUGCCUUCGACACCACUGAACCCCUGGCUCGCUUCAAGUUAACUGCAAGAGUAAAGGGAAGCUGUCCAACUAACGGAAUGUCGCGACAAACAGAGGGGACAGCUGGUUAUUCGGUACAGUUUCGUCAGUGACACGUCGGACAAUGCUGAACGACCAGCCAACUCAUCCGGAAUAGCCCGUCUGUUCUUUGACAGUGACCCGCUUCUCACACGUCGGUAUUAAUCUGCCAGGUGAAGCGGUCCGUGACCAGCUGUAUGACAGCCACGUCAGCUAGUUUAAAGCGUUAUCUCGAGUCUAUUAUUUAGCCAGGCCCCUGCCCCCGUCUUUGUUUUUUAUUUAUUUAGCUGAAAACCAACUUGUAGGUUAUUUUCCUUGGCAAUGUCUCCAAUGGGAAUCCGGCUGUCACCCCUUGGUUUGGGGCUGUUCUGCCUGCUGGGAGUCGGGGUCAUCUACCAUCUGUAUGCGGGGGUCAUCUCCAACCACAUCGCUGCUUUCAGACAGCGGAGGACGGUGGACCUGAGGGACCUGCUGGCUAUUUCAGUGGAGGCUGCAGUGCUCGGCGGCACAGAGGUGAAGAAGGUGCGUGAUGAAAACAGCUUGAAUGAGAAGUCAAAGGGCAAGACGAAGGAGGGAGCCAAUGAGCUCCUGACUACAGGCGACCUGCAGUCUCAUAGGAAGAUGUUUAACCUUAUAAGCAACACCUUCCCCGAAGUCACGGUGAACAGUGAGGAACAUGACAACACACUGGAUGAGGCUGCAGCCUGGAGCCGGAAGAUACCAGCCGACAUACUGGAGAAAGUAGAGGGGGGGAGGGACGUUCCUGUGGAGAGUGUCACCGUGUGGAUCGAUCCUCUGGACGCCACACAGGAAUACACAGAGAAUCUGGUGAAGUUUGUGACCACGAUGGUGUGUGUGGCUGUGGAUGGUAAACCCAUCAUUGGGGUCAUACACGUGCCCUUCACUGGUUUCACUGCCUGGGCGUUUGUAGGCCAGGGGUCAAACAUGAGAGCCCGGUCCUCCUACAGUGUCAGCCCCCCCAAGGCCAUUGUCUCCCGUUCCCACUCGGGGAAAGUGAAGAGCUUUGUUCAGGAGGCUUUUGGAAACUCCACCACAAUCAUCAAAGCAGGAGGCGCCGGAUAUAAGGUCCUGUCACUUUUAGAGAUGCCUUCAAGUGACAGCAGUCCCAUGGACCAGGCCGACAUCUACAUUCACGUCACCUUCAUUAAGAAAUGGGACAUCUGUGCCGGGGCAGCACUACUGACCGCUCUGGGAGGCCACAUGACCACACUCCAGGGAGAGGACAUCGACUACAGCGGAGCAGCGCUCAACAAAGGAGGCCUGGUGGCCACUGUUGGGGUGGACCAUAAGGCCUUAGUGAAGAAACUUCCAGAGUGGGACCCUGAGAAGCACUGACACACACACACACACACACACACACACACACACACACACACACACACACACACACACACACACACACACACACACACACACACACACACACACACACACACACACACACACACACACACACACACACAGUGCCAUUAGUGGUUGUUGUAGUGGCAACAUGUGAAUGAAUAAGCUGCAAACGUGACCAGAACCAUGAGAUCUCAUCAUUGUGGGACACAAGAAAAACUGCCAAUCAGAGGGAUAGGAGUCACUGAGCAAGACUGUAGAGCAAACAUGGCCACCACUGGACACUGCAAAGUCUUUGAACACACAUACUCUGAGCUUGGAGAACCGGUGCACGCUGGGCGCUGCAGCUUCUCUGAAGGCGGCAUGCGCUCUGUUCUCAUUGGAAUCAAGUUUACAGCCGCUGGCUCUCAGAAAAAGGUGCCAUGUGGAAUCUGGCCCUAAGGAACAUGCUCUCCUUAUUUCAGACAGUAGAGGUUUAUGUUACCCUUCCAACAGCGCUGUCAUACCACACAUAUCAGCCCAGCUGUGCACAUGCAGCACUCUCACACUUCAGCUCACACCCAUGUUGUGUGUUGUAGUGUAAUUGCACAGAGUUGGACUCCGCUUCAAAAGAUCUAAACCUAAUUUUUGAUUAAACAGAAUAAAAGGUAAAUAAUAGACACUCCCCCUCACUGAGAGUAACCACCAUUCAUUGCAUUGUUUGUCUGAGAGUGUAAAAAAGGUCAUCAGCUUAAAUGAUCUAAAUUAGUCCUUCCAACUGCAGGAAAUUCUCAAAGUAUGAAGUGCUUUAAGGGGAAAUAAGGGAGAUUUCUCAUCUCAGUCUAUUCUCAGGUUUGAUGUUGAUAAUGAUCCUGGUUACACAAAUGCAAGCACAUUAUGAUAACAGUAAGGUGUCUUACCAGGGGAAAGUCGAUGUAGUUACCAAUAGAAGCAGCCAGGUUGAGGGGAUGGAACACGAUGGAAACAGUGUUCUUUCAACCUUUUUAAAGGGGUAGUUUAUAGAGCAUAUUUAUCCAUAGUCAGUGUAUACAGUGGGGGGUGUUUGACACUUCCAGCGUGUAAAGGCAGCCGCAAAGCCAAUUUUAGCCACCCAAAGGAUCAGUAUAAAUAUAUUUAGAUCUUUGUCACCCCGUUAUCUUGCAGUCAGAUGGGGAAACAACGUUCUCUUCAAAUCCAACCGCCUCCAUUGAAAAAAAACACAUCUCUUUUAAGUUUCUGCCUUGUGAUUGUGUUAUUGUGUGACCUGGGUAAAUCAGAAAUAACCCUUUAAAACACCAAAGCUCCGCGAGACACGACUACUGUUUCUGCCAACGUGUUCUGGUGGUUUUGAAGAGUUCCCUGCCAGAAAGCGCUUUCUGUAUAACAAACACAACAUCAACAUUAACUUUAUAUUGUGGUGGGCUGUCUGCCCCCUUCUACUGCACUACAUUGGUUUGGUCCCUGGUUUGUAUUCCUCAUUUGGGGGUGUAUCGAUUGCCAUCUGCUGCAACUUGAAUAUGGAUAAGCAGCUCCUGUAAGCACACUAUCCAUUUAACAUUGAGCAAACAGUCAGAAAAACUAAAACCUUUGACCUUCUCAACUUCCUGUAAAUACUUGUCAUGAGUUCUCAGUGACUUAGGCGAACAGGAUCUGAUAAAAGACUAAAGACUGGGAGCUUUGUGAAUAAUGUAUAAGUCCCAGCAUGUACUGUCUCAUUCAGGACAUUAUGGAAGCAUUUGUGUUUCAGCGUGACAGAGAACUCCAGUGAGAAUAACCUGAGCUGGCCAUUGUUUCCUCGUCAGCCACCUGUCCUCUAAAUGUGAAGGAUUCCUUGAUGCAAAGCAACACCCUGGUACCUGUCAUACAUUCUGGAUUGAAGGACUCAUGUACUUGCAUGCAUUUGUUUUGUGGUGAACCUUCAGCCCCUUUCUGCAGACCAUUGCUCCUCCUGCUUUACAGGGAAUGUAUGUGCUGUGUGCUCAUCAACACACUGAGAUGAAGUGGGACUCAAAAACGUUCUGUUCCGUCUGUCUCAGCAGCCUUUGUACAUAUUUGAUAACUUUGUAUAGAUAUAGAAAUAGAUUGAAGUUAAGUAUGGUGGCCCUAAAUGUCACAAGAACCUUUAGGGCCACCGUAUUGAAGAGUGAAAUGUUCAGCUCUGGGAAGAAGCUGGCAGCAGGUUAAAGGCCUAAUCUGGAAGGAGUCAUGACGACAACAACAACAACAACAUCCUUUUCAGUUUUAAAGCCAGAGUUGCUACACCUUCAGGAAGCGGGCCUUCAUGUUCUGAGGUUAAUGAGUGCCUUUGAGCUAAACGGCUGUCCUAGCACUCAACAUGAUUUCUGUUGCUAUGAUAACAGUGUAUUUUAUGCAAGGGUAACGCUGCAAUCACAAUUUAAAUGGCGUUACAGUGAAAUAGGUACUACAGUGCUCAGCGUAAAUGAGUACAACCCCUUCGAAAGGUAACAUUUUAAACAAUAUCUCAAUGAACACAAAAACAAUUUCCAAAAUGUUGACAAGACUAAGUUUAAUAUAACAUCUGUUUAACUGAUAACAUGAAAGUAAGGUUAAUAAUAUAACUUAGAUUACACAUUUUUCAGUUUUACUCAAAUAAGGGUGAUGCACAAAUGAGUACGCCCCACUGAAAGUCUCUUGAGCAAAGCUAAAUUUUAGACUACAAAUGUCUAAUUUAACAAUAAUCAACGACAGGUGAGUCUAAUUACUCAUUACACAGGUGUCCAGCAGACAGCUGACUAUAAAAGGGUGUUACUUCAAGAAACCCAUGCUGACAAAGAUGAAGACUACUGGGACUCUAUACUCUGGAGUGAUGAGACCAAGAUAAAUGUUUUUGGAACUGAUGGCUUCAAAACUAUGGCGUCGCGAAGGUGAGGAAUACAAAGAAACAUGAAUGGUGCCUACAGUGAAACAUGGGGGUGGCAGUGUCCUUAUGUGGGGUUGCAUGAGUGCUGCUGGUUUCUGGGAGCUGCGUUUCAUUGACGGCAUCAUGAAUUCAUAUUUGUACUGCUCUAUACUGAAAGAGAAGGUGCUACCAUCAAUCUGUGCCCUUGGUCGUCGUGCACUUUUCCAACAUGACAAUGAUCCUAAACACACAUCUAAGGCCACUGUUGGAUUUCUGAAGAAGAACAGGGUGAAAGUGAUUCAGUGGCCAAGUAUGUCUCCUGAUCUGAACCCAAUUGAGCAUCUAUGGGGAAUUCUGAAGAGACAAGUUGAGCAUCACUCUCCAUCCAGCAUCCAGUCUCUAAAAGAGAAGAAUGGAAAAAUAUUGAUGUAGCAAAAUGUUUCCAACUUGUUCAUUCCAUGCCUAGACUUGGUGCUGUCAUUAAAAAUCAUGGAGGCCAUACAAAGUACUAGAUGUAGUAGUUGUUGUUGUGGGGUGCACUCAUUUUUGCAUCACCCUUAUUUGAGUAAAACUGAAAAGUGUAAUCGAAGUUGUAUUAUUAACCUUACUUUCAUGUUAUAAGUUAAACAUGUUAUAUUAAACUUGGUCUUGUCAACAUUUUGUAAAUUGUUUUUGUGUUCAUUGAGAUAUUGUUUAAAAUGUUACAUUUCAAAGGGGGUGUACUCAUUUACGCUGAGCACUGUAUCCACUGCUCCUAAAGGCGCUGUGUGAACUCUGUCUCUUAUUGAUACACGGCAGUAUGCAAAGGUUUCAGUUUGAAAGUGAAAUGACAAUAAAACCUAAUCUUAUAUCAAUUUAUUCAAACUACCCAUGUUUUAACAGAUACGUGUUUAGUUUCCUGUCGUGAACCAGGAUGUUGUAUGUCCUUUAUGUGUGGCUUAAGGGUGUAGUGUUAGUCACUCUGAGAACCAGCUGUCUCGGGGAUUUUCGAGGAAUCUUGUUAAUUCAGAAAAUCAAGAGCAGAAUAUUUUUAAAGAGUUUGAAGUGUGUGAUGAACUAAAAAUUCCUGAGCCUUUUUGUGAUUAUUCAAAAUGACCAGUUCAAUAAUAAAGCUAAAACAUUUAAUCAGGGUAUGAUUCAUCUGGAGGACUGAUGAGCAGAAAUUGCAAAAGUACACACAUCCUUCAUUCAAGUACAGAUACUGGUUUUUAUACAUACUCUGGUAGUAUUGACUGAACUUCUUUAGUCAAAUAUAAGUAAAUGGGCUUUGAAAUGUAAAAGCAGCCGUAACUACCAACUGGUUUAUGGUCCAGCUGGUUUAUUGUAAGUAAGCAGUGGAGACACUCAUCGAGCUAACAUUUAAUUUCUAAGGAUAGGGACUUUAAUGUAAGAUGCAGUUUCUGGUGUAAGUGCUUUCAGAAUCCGUGUAUCAUUCGUUCAUUUGUUUUUCCGAUUUCAAAACCAAAACCAGAAAUCGGAUAACGGUUCGUUUUCUCGUUUUUCCGAUUUCAAUACCAAAACCAGAAAUCGGAUAACGGUUCGUUUUCUCGUUUUUCCGAUUUCAAAACCAAAACCAGAAAUCGGAUUACGGUUCGUUUUCUCGUUUUUCGUUUUCUCGUUUUUUCGAUUAUGCACCCCCAAACGGAAAAUGGAAAAUGAAACAUUCGGAUAACAAAUCCUGGGAAUGUUAGUUGUCAGGGAAACCGAUCGCGAGCCAACAACUGACUCAUGCCACAACUGAUCUGUAAGGAAACAUGGCUAAUUUGGAGUCUCACUACGAGAUGAUAAAUCAACUCUUUCUGUCGGGGAAAACUCACGCCGAAAUGUCUGAGACAUUGAAGAGUAUGGGAAUUAAGGGGUCCUCGGAGAUGUCGGUGAGGAGAUUCUGUGGCGACGUUGGGCUGAGACGGAAGGGGCACAUCACAGACCAAGAGCUGGAAGAAGCUGUCCUGACAUCUAUUCAAAAGGUGAGUAAGCCUAGAUCUAGAACUAGGCAUUUGUUUGAAUAUUAUUGCCAUAGCCUUAUGAAUACCGAAAACGAUUCAGGGCCAGAUGAGCCCCAGAUAGGAAAUAGAUCGGGCCAAACAUAUUUUGCCGUCUGGGCUAAACCGUAGCCGAAAUAGCCUAGCCUCGGCCUAAUAAUUGAAUGUAGGCUAGGCUACACACUUGUAAUCCUUUAUGACUUUAUUAUUAGGGUAUUUGUUUGUUUGUUUAGUUGUGUGUUUAUUUACUGUCCAUAGACCGGUCCAACGUACGGACGGAAAUUUAUGACAGGGUACCUGUCAUCUGUGGGGGUGAAAGUGGGUGAAAUAAUAAAUUUGACUGUACACAACAUAGGCAUACUAGUAUUCUGUUGUCCAACGGUGCAACAAAAUGUCCUGUGGUGCGACAAAUUGAAUUGUGAGGGGAAAAGGUAUUUUAAUGAAAAAUGUAUGUAAAAAGUGUUGGAUAGUAUAACAAUGAUAUCAUCACUAUGCAGCUUUAAGGAUGAAAUGAAGAUUCCUUGAGUUUUAUACAAAUUAUAAUGAAUGUAACCCAGACAUUUGGGUUAAGUCUCUAUGUGUACAUCUUAUAGUAUAUAAAUAACAUAAUUCUGAAUUUGUUGGGGGUAUGUUUGAUGUGGAAAUAUAAUUGGGACAAACUAAUAUGCCUUGUGCUUAUCUAUCUUACCUGUCCAACAUUCUCUGAAUUAAAUAAUGGCAUUCUUUA